CCCCUGUGUCCGCAGAUAUAGCGGGCACUGUCUGUCUUUGUUGUAAACCAACUCCUGGAACAAGAAGCCACGAUGUCCUCCAUUAUGAGCUCGGCUAAGGGUCAAAGACUUACCAGAUCUGAAGAAAAACUCCUCAGACAAGAGGAAGAGAGGAAACGCUUGGAAGAGGAGGAAAUAAGGCUGGCAGCUGAACGUGUGGAGCGAGAGAGACUUGAGAAACUGAGACUUGAAGAAGAAGAGAGGGCAAGAAUUGCAGCAGCGGUUAGUAUGCUUUCACUGAGAUGGCAACGUUACAUGCGCUGCGAUGGCACUCCUGAUCCAACAAUACCUCAGGAGAUUAAUACUUUCAUAAACCUUUCAAAGGAGAAUCCAAAUACAGAUAUAAAAACUUUGCUUGAAGGAGGGAGAGUAAUAUUACAGCUUUUGGAUGAAUUGGAAAUGGUAUUACGUGACACUCCACCUGAUGAGUUGCUGGAGGGAAUUUCAGAUCAGUAUCAACAGACCAUUUGGGAUCUUCAGGAACUUCUCUCCAAUAUAAAUGAUAAAGCAACUGAUAUCCUCCUCAAGAAAGCCAUUGAUCUUGUUGACAUUGAGACUGGAAAUAUGCAAGAAGUGGUUACUGAUGAGAACGUCACUCUCUGUUUGUGGGCAAACUUCAACAAAAAUCCCAGGUUUAAAGGCUACGCAUUUGUCAAUUACCAUUUGGAAUUUGAACUCCCUAAACCAUUGGCAAUGAGUGAUAUAGCUGUGCGGAUCUUACAUACGGAUUAUGAUCACAUAUCUUGCCACAGCCAUGCAUUUAACGCUCAUCAGAGAGCUUUUAAAACUAAACUUGUUGCAGUUGAAAUUAGGCAGGAUAUACACGAGGAUAUGGAGGUACAGGGAGAGGGAGAGGAAUACCAAACUAUUGAAGAUCAGAAAAUACCUGAAGAACAAAAAAUUCAUGAAGGACAAAAAACGCCUGAAGAGCAACAGGCUCUUGAAAGCAAACAAUCACCUGAUGAAGAAAUAAAGCCUAUUCGACUAGCAAGAUCAAGGAGUGCAAUAAGUAGCGGUUCCAAGGAGGAAAUGGAAUUAAGAAGCAGAUCAUCAAGCAGGGAACGAGUUGUCGAAGAUUUUGAUGCAAAGUUACCAAGUAUAGAACUCGUUUCAGAAAAGGUAUCACUUGAGACCAUCGAUAUGAGUAUUGUUGACUUUAAUCAGUACACACCACUGGGAGGAGUUUAUUAUUUUGACAUUCUGAAGCUGCCACCUCAGCCCAAGUUUGUUAAAGGGUGGAGAAUCGUCCAGCUGAAGGAUACAGGAUUGAUGUCAGCUCCCUAUCCACCAGAGUCAAACAAGGAAGACAGUCCCACCCCAGAUGAAAAGGAAGGUGAAAGCCGUAAUGCACCACCCACAGGAAUCACACUCAAACUCCCUUCAAAAGCAUUGUUCUUUGAACAGCCUAAGCCUGCUCGAUGGGACCAAACAGGUAAACAAUGGAGGACAGAUGGCAUUCACAGCAUCACAUUUGAGCCAGAGGAACAGAUUCUGUCCUUUAAGAUGGACACAUUCAACAUUUUCACUCUGAUCCAGAGAUAUUAUGUCAAUAUGCCUUUCCAAUCUUGGAUACUUAAACCUGUGGCAGAAAAUGAAGCUAUUUUAACUGUCCAUGCUGCCUUUACCAAAGUAGAAAUUCGAAUGAAGGACUUGUGCCAAUUGUGUCCUGUUCCCGUGGAAGAUAAUCUCUCUCACUUAAGAGGAAAGUGGAUGACUGCUUCAACUCUAAUUGUUUCAAUGAUAAAUGCAGGAUUAAACAUUUUUCCCGGAACCGAUUCGGAGAAUUACGUUAAGAUAAAUGAAAAAAACAAGAUGGUGACACAGAACAUAUACAUGGAGAUGGCCCUGGUGAGCUCUGCAAUAGCUUUUAGAUCCAGUAAUUGGAACAUGUACUCCGAGCCUGAAGAAAUAUUGCUUCAGGCUUGUGAAAGUUUGACUGGCGAGAUGAUACCAGAGGACGACUGGUCUCUCUACAUGUUACGCCCAGAGAGGUGUCACCAACUGAAGAUGAAGGAAUCCAGUGAAGAGCUGUCAAAUGAAAUAGCUGAAAAUACUGAUUUUUACUCGAACUUGUACCACAUGAUGAGGGGCUUAGCUAGUGAUGCUGCAAAGGAGAGGAUUCUAAACACUGACCAUCUCUUCCUUGGUUCCGUGCAAGAAAUUCUAGAAGCUACGAAGCUGCUCACACACACAGUGCAGGUCAACUGA